AUGAAGGCGUUUAUCCGUUGCAUACUGGGAUAUGAUCCUAAGCAAGAGAGUGUUGACGGGGGUGUCCUUGGGUUGGUGAAGGCUUAUUAUGGUACCUUGCACUGCCACAUGAUGGUCUGGGUCGAGGGUUCUUUGAAUCCUGAUGAGAUCAAAAGAAGAAUUAUGCAAGAUAAUGAUGUAGAAUUUCGAGACCGUCUUCUUGCUUUUUUAGAUGAUGCUAUUUCCACCUCUGUACCUUCUGGACCUAAAGACGAUAAUGUUUCCAUUCCUUCUGAUGUUUCUCAUGCCUGUACUGUGCGAGAAAUCCAAAGAGGCAUUCCCGAUCAUCUUAUUCAGGAGGCUAAGGACAAAGACUUUCGAAACUUGGUUAAGGAUUGUCAGAUACAUUCGCAUUCAAAACGUCAUGUAUGCCGAUUUGAUAUUGAUGAGAAUAAUUACAGAGAAUAUUCUUCUUUCGACUAUGAAAAAGGUGAACUGUGUCUUCGUUGCCUCAAUGGUUUAGUAAACAACUUUAACGACAUGAUAAUUAGAGCUUUUAUUGGCUCAGGUGUAUCUGCAAAGGCUAUAUUAUACUACAUAACAGAUUACAUUACGAAGUCCCAGCUGAAGUUGCAUGUUGCUUACACUGCUCUUGAACUAUCCAUCAAAAAAUUAGGUGAAUAUAAUCCUGAGGAGAACGAGAUGACGACUUGUGCUAAGAGAUUGUUACAGCGUUGCUCUUAUGCUAUGAUAUCCCAUCAAGAAUUGUCUGUGCAGCAGGUAGUUUCAUAUCUUUUGGAAUAUGAGGAUCACUUUACAUCUCAUGAAUUUUCACCCUUAUAUUGGAUGGCGUUCGAAGCAUUCAUUGAUAGUGAGCAACCGUCACCUGAAUGUUGUGUUUCUUCUAAAAUGACAACUACUGUUAGUGUUAAUGGUAGCCAUGAAGUAGAUAAUGAAUGUGAUAAUGACAGUAGCGAUGCUGAUAGCGAUACCUCCUCCAAUGAUGAUGACAAUGAGUUGGUAGUGUCCAUUGAUCCUGGCGGUCAUCUCGUAGCAUGCGCCAGUCGUGUCAGUGAUUGUCAGCUUCAGGGCGAGUUUCUUUGA